AUGAGUUCGCCACGAGAGCAACGUGCCGACGACAAUGUCGAAUUAUUGCCGUUAAAAUCAGUAUUAGUAAAUAAUAAUUAUAAAGAAGAUGAAGCUUAUUACCCACCAACUCCGGCCUUUCAUCCCCAUCCAUCGAGUUCUAAUCUCUACGAGUACACUCUUCUCUCAAAGAGGACGCCGGUCUCUAAACGAUUGCUGCAAGCCUCUCAGCCCCCGACGCCACUGUUGACGCUGUGCGGCGCGCCGCCACCAUCGCGAAAACGCGAAGAACUUGCCGCUUUAGCGAACCUCCGGAAGAAAGUCUCACCGGCGUUGCUGCAUCAUGACAGGCACUCAAGACACGACGACCAUGCUAAAAACGAAGAUAAGCCAGAACAACUCGACAACAGACCCAGGCUCCUGCAAAGGAUGCUGCAAACGAAACCAGUGAGCAUGGUGGUGCAGUGGAGCGAGGUGCGAACCGCAUGGCAGGACAGUGACUUCAUAACCGAGUGCCUGUGCUGGCAUAACGUGUACAGGCAGAGGCAUGGCGCCCCGCAGCUUUACAUGGCCCCCGAGCUUUGCGACUACGCGCAGGCGUGGGCCAACCACUUGGCACACACCAAUAAGUUUCACUACAGGAACGAUCGCGACGUUGGCCAAAACCUCUAUCAGCGACCAGUCAGCGCGUUGCAGCCUGACGUAACCGGUCAAGAAGUAUCUUCGUACUGGUACGCAGCAGUUCGUCAAUAUAAUUUCUUCAAGGAGCAUGACGUUCUCCAUGCUAAUGUCAAUGCAGGUCACUUCACACAAAUGGUUUGGGUUGCGACGCGUUUCUUCGGGGUCGGCAAGGCUCGUUCUCGAGCCGGCAAGGUGAUUGUGGUCGCGAACUAUUCUCCGCCUGGCAAUAUAUCAGGGCAGUUUGAGGCCAACGUGCUCCCCCCACUGCCAGAAAAUCUCCCCGAGCUCGCCCCACCUACGGUUCAGUGA